CGACAUGUGUGUGGACAACCGCAACGGGGAGUGCCCCAUGCACGGGCCGCUGCUCUCGCUGCGCCGGCUCGUGGGCACCAGCAGCGCCCCGGCCGCCGCGCCCCCGCCCGAGCUGCCCGAGUGGCUUCAGGACCUGCCGCAGGAGGUGUGCCUCUGCACCAGCACCGUGCCCGGACUGGCCUACGGCAUCUGUGCGGCACAGAGGAUCCAGCAGGGCACCUGGAUUGGGCCCUUCCAGGGCGUCGUCCUGCCCCCAGAGAAGGUGCAACCCGGAGCAGUGAGGAAGACGCAACAUCUCUGGGACUGCUUCAAGUUUCCAUUCUGCACCUCUUGACAUCUGGCUCAGCUCUGUGAGACUUCACCCACACCAUGAAGAUCUGCUCCUGGGAGCCUCCCUGCACAGUAGCUGCAACAGGAGGAACUGCACCAAGGUCAUCAG